ACAGUGUCGUAAAGUGCCAAUGUUGUGAACGGAAAUCAGACCGGUCGUCCUCUGAGCUGAGUUGCCAGUCGCCCUUCAGCAGAGAAAGUUUGCGUUUCUUGCCAAGAAGACCCGGUCCCAACAUUGAACCAUGGCAGCGACAAUUGCACGGAAAGCUAUUGACCACCUGAAGAGCAAAGAGUUCAGGGAAUAUUUGACAAGCACGCAUUUCUGGGGACCUGUAGCAAACUGGGGUCUUCCCAUAGCCGCCAUCACAGACAUGAAGAAGAGCCCUGAGAUUAUCAGUGGCAGGAUGACCUUCGCUCUGUCCUGCUACUCGCUGCUCUUCAUGAGGUUCGCCUACAAGGUUCAGCCACGCAACUGGCUUCUGUUUGCUUGCCAUUUGACCAAUGAGUCAGCACAACUAAUCCAGGGAAGUCGUCUCAUCAAAUACAACUUGGAGAAGAAGAAGCAAUCAUAGUGGCAGAGGGAAGUUGAUGCAGAUGAUUGCUGUGGAACCUGCUGCUUCAACACUCCCGUAAACAUGGAUAUCAAAAAUAAAGCAUCCAAACAUCUUCUCUAAUCAUCUAAACAGUGGCACUUUCACACUUUUUUUAACCUAUUGUUACAGUGGUUGCUCAUUCUCAUGAAUUUUUUCAGUCACUUUUAAUACACAGAGAAAAUAAGUAGAUGCUUUUCCACCAAAAACAUAGGUCAAAUGCUGUGUUUUUGGGGGGAAGAGGUUGCAAAAUUUUCAACACACGACAAAAUGUAUACUCGGUUAAAUAGCUUGAUAAUUUGCUGUUGUACAAUUUAGUCACCAUUCAUCUCAUUUAAGGUCAUCGGCAUUAUUAUUUUUAUUACUUUCUUACCUGCUUAGUAAUUGAAAUAAUAUUAUUUGAAAGACAAAUUAGUUUGUGAUGUCCACACGAUUAUCACUUGCCAAACAUUUGGACUUUAAUCCGUUAACCUUUACUUAAACACUGAGUACACACAGAGCAAAGCUUUUUUUGUUGUUGUGCAAAUCAGUGUGUCGAGAGCUUCCAAUUUGGCAUGGUUUGAUGAAAGUAUAAUAAUUAAGACUAGCUGCUUAUGUCAGUGCUGACCAAAAUGUACUGUGUGUUAUCAUGUAGUCCACAAUAAUUUAUUGCCAUUGUUUAAUCCAAAUAAUUUUUCUCUGAUAAAUGAUUUGAUUCUUUGAGUUUGUUCAAAUAAACUGUCUAAAAGCAACUCAAACAUAA